GGGUUGGAACUAGAUGAUCUUAAGGUCCUUUCCAACCCUAACUAUUCUAUGAUUCUAAAAAUGAUGAAGGAAGUAGAGUAGGAUUUCUUCCACAGACACAGGAGAAAUUCCUCAAACAUGCAUUUACAUAGGCUGUAAGAAGUCUGAAGAAGGGGCAAGGUGCUUGUGCUUUAAUCCAUGUGGGAGGCCAAGGUGUGAGCUAUGUUUCCAGUUGGCUUUUCUCUCUCCUCUGUUGUUUCCUCACCAAGAAGGAAGGAUGACAAACAUCUGGAGGCAUGUAUUCCAUUGCUGCUGCUCCCUGAACCCUGUUGACUUCUCUGGGUACCAGAAGAAGAAGCUGUUUGGUGGGUCUGAUUUGAAUCUUGGUAAAGGGAGCAGCACACCAGUGUGUAGAGAUGAGCAGGCUCAACAAAUUGAUUAAAGCUUCAGGUAUUGACUCCUGUCAUUCAGACUGCAUCCAAGCUGUGCAUCCAUAACAACUGUGCUAUGGAGCCUGUUUGGGGUUUUGGUGGGUUUGUUUCUGAUGUACCUCCAUCAGUGCAGAACAGCUGCACCUGUGAGACCAACAAGUGGAUGGUGUGUGCCCAGCAUGGACCUGAGAACUGCACCUUCGCAUUGGUAGGUUCAAAUCACAAGGCAGACUGUUCAAGACUGACUUCAAGAUGCUUGAUGAUGAAGGCAGAAAUGAUCCUCUGCAAAGAGAAGCUCUUCUGGGGCCAUCCCAAUGGGCUGUUAAGUAAUGAUGGCAUUUACAAUACAGUCUGGAAGGACACUGGCAUCUUCAGCAGGCAGUGCAGUCAUACCAAUGCUUGCAGGUGUGUGAACAAUGCUUGAGUCAGAAGAACUGAAAAGGGCGAUGAAAACCUCAGUAGUGGUGAAGUGAUUACAACAAACUCGACCUACAUUGACCUGAAGCACAACAGGUCCAGUGCCUUUGAUAGUCCUGAUUUAGUGAAUGCCUGGAAACAUCUGAUUGAGAGCAGAUACAAACUCCACCCCAACUACAUCACAGCCGGUAAUAAGGUGCCCCCAGUUAUUCAAAUCUGCCUGAACCAGCAUGAGAAAUCCAGGUGUGAUGUGAAUAUAGCUGAUGUAGUCUAUUACUUUGAAAAAGAUACAAAAGAUGACUCCAUAUUUCAUUCUAACAGUACAUGAACUGUCUGUGUCAAUGGAGAUGCUCUUGACGUUGAAAAACUACAGAUUUACUACGUUGAUGAAAAGGCCCUGGAGUUUUGCAUGCAGCAGCUAGGUGCUGGCUUUGGUGGUACAGUGACAGUGGUGGUGCUGGCUGCUGGCGUGAGCAUCACUGUACUGGCUCUUCUGAGGUGGCUGAAGACAAGAAAAUAUGAGAAAGGUGACUGAACAAAUGGCUGAAAUAGGAGCACUGGGCUUACAGCUCUGAAAAGGCAAGGCAACAAAGGGAAGAAAAAAGGCACAAAAUACAAAUAACAGACUCUGCCAGUGGAUGGAUUUGAAGAGAUUUGAAGAGAAUUAUUCUGCUUUAGCAAGAAUGGCUUGUUUAGUGUUGGGUAUAAACUAAUUUGGGAGCCAGUUACCUAAAUAUUCUGAGUCCCAACUGAGAGCCUCAGAAAACUGUUGCAGCUGUCUAUGUAACAUGGAAUGCUUUCCCUGCUCCUGCAGGCUUGGUUCAGCUUCCCUCAACACUCUGAGAGUGGUUCUUGGUGCAUCUGCUUACUGAAAUUCAACCACUUCCUGUGGCAUAAUUGGGUUGUACAGUUGCUUUUCUGUGGUAAAGGCUGUUUUUGAAGUAUUGGGUUGUGUUUCUUUUAAAGUUGCUGUUGCUGGAGCUUUUUUUAUCAAUAAAGAAUGUCAUAAAUAUUACUAAAUAACCAAAUCAGGUGGUGAUGAGAGACCAGGGGCUUUUAAACAGUCAUUUGUUAGGAAACAUUCCUGCAAUCCCUUUCAGGUGCAGAGUUCCCAAGUUUCCAAGUUUGCAUUCAAGCAGCACAGUGAGCUAUUCCCACUUGUGCUCUUUAAUAGGGGUCUGACACUCCUAGUCAGCAAAGAUCCCUUGAUCCCAGUGCAAGUGUAAGUUAACCUUGGUGUUCUGCCCAAACUCCAGGUCUGAUAAUAGCUUUCUGUCUCCCUAAAUUCCCUUUGCAGUUUUAAUGGGAGGAGAAAAGUUUUCAGUGUUGUACAGCUUCACAGAAAUACUCCACAAUGCUUCAGGGCAAGCUGAAAAAGAGCUUUAUUCUACUAGAGCUGCAGGGGGAAUUUAAAGAGCAGGGUGUAAUUACUGAAGUUGGAAUUUGGCCAAGACACUAGAACUGGACUUCUUUGCUACCUCCUCAUCUGCUGCAUUCCACGUUUGCAAGGUCAUGUCCACCAUGACAGACACUUGAAAGAAAAUAGUUGUGAAAUGUUGAAAUAGUGGCAGUUACAUUCUCCAUACUGCAUAUGAAUGUCAGAAGUCCCAUCAGUCUAAUCUGGUAAUGUUGAGAUGAGACUGCUACACCCAGGCACUGAAGCAGGAGCAGCUCUUUCAUUCUGCUCAUUAGUUUCUACAUUACUAGUUUGUAGUUCUACUAACAGUGAGUAAUGUGCUACUUCCACGGAAAACUGUUAAAUAUGCAUCUCUGAUUCUACUGAAUGAACAGGAUAGCAGGAAAAGUGAAGGUGCUUUGAUUCUCUUUCUGCCUUGGCUCAGACAGAAGAGGAAGAGACUUGUUUGGGGGUGUUCAAUUUUUUUGGCUCAAUAUACACCAUUUUUCUUUAAGCUCAUCCUUGUUAGCUUACCUGCUGGAGAAAUCUGGCCCUUGAAUACAUAAAAUGCAGCAGAUGCAAAGCCAAAAUAAGUUUUUUAUGCAACUGCAUCAGCGUUCCCAAAGUUUGGAACAAUAUCUGUAAUUUAUUGUGUGCGUCAUGGCACCACAUCCAAACUGGUUGGUUUUCAGUGAAGUAUAUACGUUAGUACUGACAAAAGACAAGGUGAGAAUUUAGUAUCUAGGCUGGAUUUUCCCAAGUCAUAGGAAAAAUCAGAACUUAGGCUAACUCAACACAAAUCUCCAAUCAGGCUUUUAAAAACUGAUUAAAACUCUGGAGCUGAGUAGCCCUUAGUGAUGAGGAAAUGCAGGAUGAGAGUAAAAAUUUUACACUUACGUAACUUACGAGAGGUUGGUGCUGUCCCUCCAUCAGAGAUCAUGAGAUGUGC